AUGGGCUUAGUUGAACAUAUCCACCCUUACUUGACGGAGGUAGAUUACCGGAAUCCUUUGGUCAAACUAAAAUUCGUUGGUUCGUCCUUUGUAUUUUUCGCCUUCCUCUACCUCCUCUCCGCUAUACUAGGAUCCAGAACGAAAACGUACAGAAACCUCCGACAGAAGGAGAAGAUCUUUUGGAAUCUGGCUAUUGUCCGUGGUGCCUAUGGUAUUUUCUGUAUUAUAGUUGGAAUAUGGGCUAUUUUCUAUGACACAGAACUCGUGAAAGAUGCAGUGUUUUCCACAACGCCCACAAGUUAUUUUGCUUUGACAACGACCGUCGGAUUUUUCGUGUUUGAAUGUGGAACAUUACUGAUUUCUGACCUUAUUUACAAAAAAGCUAGUAUUUUAUUAAACCUACACCAUUGGCUCUCACUGAGUGGGUACUCGUUACUCUUAUACCUAGAAAGUACUCAUUGCUUUGGUACAAAAGGUCUCAUUCUAGAAAUGAGUACGCCCUUCUCUGGCAUCUGUUGGACACUCCUUAAGGCGGGUAAGGCACAUACAUUGUUAUGGAAGGCAAACCAAUUCAUUUUGGUACACACCUUCCAUCUUCGAUCUGUGGCAGAAUGUUAUCUGUGGUACUUGACCUAUCAGAACUGGGAACGAAUCUGGUCCGCCAUGCCCAACGCUAUGUUCAUAUCCCUUUACACUCAGCUAUUGCUUGUCACGUUCCUUAUGACGCCAUAUUGGACUUACAAGAAGACGCAGCAGAUGAUUAACCCGGUCGACUGGAACUUCGAAGACUCGAACAAAAAUAAGACAGAAAACGGCUCAGCGACCAAAAAGGCUGUUUAG